CAUAACUAAAGAAGAAGAAACUUGAAUUGAUACGAGGAAAUAAGUAGUAGCGCCACGGAAGAUGUCGGGGCAAGUUCUUAUACUUGAUCGCAAAUAUUUGUUCUGUAUUUCAAUUAUGUGUGCGAAAUAAGCAACAAACAAGCUGUUUUAUAAUACUGUUGCAAAGUAAAUAUGUUGAUUUUAAAAAGUCUGCCUUUCGCCCGAGGUAUUUCCGUUGGGAUGCUUCAAAACACCUCCCUCCCUUUCGGCUUUUUCAUCGCCUGUCACCGUUCAAACACCCGCAAAGGUGCGAGUCCGUAUAACUCAGUGGACAGUGAGCGCUACUCGUCUCUUGUAAAGUCUGUCAUGUCUUCGAGGGUCAGUUCUCAAACGGCCGACACCAUUCAAGCUGAGGAUGAGCACAUGUUUGGACCAGUUGUCAAAGCUCAUACUCAGUCAAAACAAGAGACGAUGUCCCCCAAAGUCAUGCAUCCCUUUUUACAUCGCGAGGAAACAGAGGAGCCUGAGUCAGAACCUCCAGUCCGGAUUGUAUUCAACCGGGAGCAAAAUCGGUCGUCUAUACCGAGUGUGACCAGAAUUCUUCAGGCAACACUUUCACCACAGCAGCUCUUCUAUCUGGAGAGAUGGAAGAGGAAGAUGAUUGCAGAACUGGGGGAGGAAGGCUUCAAAGAAUACACAAUGAAUUUGUUUAGACAAGGGAAACUUUUCCAUUCAGCCUUGGAGGAAGUUCUCAUGUCAGGCAUAACAAGACAAGACGAAGAACACGAACCGCAUCCACCUGAAGUGAUCGGAUGCAUGAAGAGCAUCGCUUACAUUCUGGAAGAUGUCAGCGCUGUAAAAGCAAUAGAGAGCAGUGUGCAGCAUGACACUCUCAAUUACUUGGGCAUCGUGGACUGUGUGGCCCGCUACAGAGGUGUUCUGUGUGCUAUUGACUGGAAGACUUCAGAAAAACCUAAACCAUUCCUGAGCAACACGUAUGACAACCCUAUUCAGGUAGCGGCCUACGCUGGAGCUUUGAACAGUGAUGGCAGAUACAAAUACCAGGUGGAGAACGGCCUUAUUGUUGUAGCUUACAAGGAUGGCUCACCUGGCCAUGCUCACCAACUAAACCAAGAGCUGAUGUUGGAGUAUUGGGAAAAGUGGCUGAUUCGCUUAGAAAAAUUCAGAGAACAUAGAUCCAGUGAAAGGUGAUAUAUUUUUGUUUGUCGUUAGAAUAUCUGGAGAAAACCCACGGAAGGACAAGGAGAAUUCCGCACCAGAUUUCAAGAACAGUAAUGUUGGAAUAGUCUCGUGAAAAUUGCUGCGCAUACAAAUGGGACCUUAAAAUAUACUUGACACAGAACAGCUGGGAAGAACAUCACUGUCUUCUCAAUAAAUGCAAAUCAGGAUAGGAAAUAAUGUUGUCAUUCACAUUCAGUGAGCCACAAGAGGCUGGUUAAA